AACGCUGAUCGGCCUAUUUCUUCAUCCUCCAGCUCAGAAAAAUCUAAGAAAUAAUGAUGGAGAUCGAUGAAAAUGAUUUGAAGAAGGGGCCAUGGACACCAGAGGAGGAUCAAAAGCUGAUCGAUUACAUCCAGAAACAUGGCCAUGGGAGUUGGAGAGCACUUCCAAAGCUUGCAGGACUGAACAGGUGUGGAAAGAGUUGCAGGCUUAGGUGGACCAAUUAUCUGAGGCCUGAUAUCAAGAGGGGGAAGUUUUCUGAGGAAGAGGAACAUAUCAUCAUCAAUCUACAUUCAGUUCUUGGAAACAAGUGGUCGGCCAUAGCCAGCCAUCUUCCAGGGAGGACGGAUAACGAAAUCAAGAACUUUUGGAACACCCAUUUAAAGAAAAAGCUUCUCCAGAUGGGUAUAGAUCCAGUCACCCACAGGCCAAGAACUGACCUCGAUCUUCUUUCCAAUCUGCCACAAUUGCUUGCUGCUGCCAAUUUGGCAAAUCCUUGGGUCGACAAUGUUCUCAGGCUACAAUCAGAUGCCACACAACUUGCAAAGAUCCAAGUUCUGAACAAUAUAAUCCGAGUCCUAAGCUCGGCUCCUGCUCCAACUAUGGAAGCAAUUAAUCAUUUUCGGUCCUCGUCAAUAUUACCGGACCAACAGCAGCUUUAUGAGUACUUGCAAAUGAAUUCCAAACUUGAAGGACUACUCGUUAAUGGCUCAAUUGGUUUUCCUAGUACUCAUGAUCAAAUGCAGUCCAAGCUUACAAACUAUGAAGCUAAUUUUCAGCUACCACAAUUAUCUGGUGAUCAUCAGCAUGCUCAGAAUAUUAUAAAUGGCUUGAAAAAUUAUACCAGCAGUAACAGUGAUUGUGUUGACCAAGUUGCUAAUUCAUCAUAUUCUAUCCCACCUUCAAAUGUGCUUCCUAACUUGGUUUCAGCCUCGCCUGAUCAGUGUAGCUCAAUUGUCAGCCAAAUCGAAAACCAGAUUAACUCAAACGAUAUUAUAUCCAACGACCCUUCAUCCAUUUCAACCACCUUUGAACCUUUGGGAGAUAUCUUGGAGAAUGAAGCAAGCGACUCUUACUGGAAAGAUUUUAUCGAACAAGCUUCUUCGCAGUCAUGGCCAAUGUCAUAGAGCAACGCGCUUCCUUAUAUAUAUAUAUAUUACUGGAGUUAAGAUUCAUUUGUAAACCAGAUACAUGUAUAAUAUAUAUAUGUACAUUGAUCUGGAUUCAAGAAAAUUUUAGUUGUUUUGUGUACAUAUAUAAUAUACUCUAGCCUUGUAUGAAUUAAGAGUACCGAUCUAUAAAUCGAUCAUUUCAUGUAAGCCUUUUUCUUACAGUGUAUUUAUUAGUGUUAUAUAUCAGGGAGCCGUUGAUCGUGUGAUCUUUAUAUAUA